GGAAUUUUCUUGGAAGUAAACUUUCCUUUUUGAAUAAUGAAGAAAGAAGAGAAAUUUUUCUUAUUAAUUGGUUUCUGACUUCAUAUUUACCUACAGAAAUAACAAGGAAUGUGGUUAGAAUUGUUGCAGAACUGUAGUACAACUGCUGCUUGUGCAUGCUGAUGAAAUUAUAUGGAAUUUUUUUUGGAUAAUAUUAUUAUAAAGAAAAGUUAUCAACCAUGGAGUGAAAUUGAGGAGAGAUUAUCAUAUAUUUGGAGAAAGAAAAAAAAAGUAGAGGAAGAGCUUGAAAAUAAUUUCCCACUGACCAUGAUUUCAUAUAGAUGAAAUGACCCAUUCACGGCACAAAGCUCUUCUAUGUGCAGACCUCUCCUUCCUAUUCCACCAAAAAUUUCUUCUUCAUUAUCCAUCACAAAGCAUAACUGAAAAUGACGCCCUCUCACUCUCUGUUUAUGCGUUCUUUUCUAUAUAUUGGGCUCUUUUGUGCCACUUCUCUCAACCCUUUCUUCUUUGCAAACAACUUAUUCCACUUCUCUUUUGGUUUAUUUCUUCCCUUUGUGAGUUUUCUCCACUUGGGUAUCAUUCUCUUCCUAAUUAUUGUGAACAGAAACCUUCAAUGGCUGCUAUGGAUAUGCUCAACUCCGCCAACGAGGUUGCGCUAAAGGAGAGAGAAGAAAAUAUUACUCCUGCAGAUGCUGUAACUGUGCACAAUGAGAGUAGACAGAGAAAAUCUUUUCUUAAAAUUAAGAAUUCCCUCACUUGGAAGAGCUCAGGAGGGUGGAAAGCUGCAAACAUCCUGCUAGCGAAUCAAGGCCUGGCCACACUGGCUUUCUUUGGAGCUGGCGUGAAUUUGGUUUUGUUCUUAACGAGAGUUCUUGGUCAAGACAAUGCCACUGCUGCCAAUAAUGUAAGCAAGUGGACUGGCACAGUCUAUAUGUGCUCUCUCAUUGGAGCUUUUCUCAGUGAUUCCUAUUGGGGCCGUUACUUGACCUGUGCACUCUUUCAGCUUAUCUUUGUCUUGGGGUUGCUUCUCUUAUGUCUCUCGUCUUGGAUUUUCUUGAUCAAACCGAGUGACUGUGGUGACGCGGUAAUAGCUUGCAGGCCAGCAUCGCCUGUUGGUAUAGCCAUAUUCUACUUAUCAAUAUAUUUAGUAGCAUUUGGAUAUGGUGGACACCAACCCACUAUAGCUACAUUCGGAGCAGACCAAUUUGAUGAGAAAAAACCUAAAGAAAAGAUUUCGAAAGCAGCUUUCUUCUGUUACUUCUAUUUUGCACUCAACACUGGAUCUUUAUUCUCAAACACCAUUUUGGUCUACUAUGAAGAUUCUGGUAAAUGGACACUUGGGUUCCUGGUAUCAUUAGGCUCUGCAGUCAUAGCCUUAGUAUCAUUUUUACUGGGGACUCCUGGGUACAGGUACAUAAAACCUUGUGGCAACCCUUUGCCGCGAGUUGCUCAGGUAUUUGUUGCUGCAGCUAAGAAAUGGGAUGUUGCUCCUGCUAAUGCUGAUGAAUUGUAUGAAGUAGAAGGACCAGAAUCUGCAAUCAAAGGGAGCAGAAAGAUUCUUCAUAGCGACGAGUUCGAGUUCUUGGACAAGGCAGCAACUAUAACUGAGGAUGAUAUGACACGCCAAAGUGAUCCAUGGAGGCUCUGCACCGUAACUCAAGUUGAGGAGGCCAAAUGUGUCCUAAAGAUGUUACCUAUUUGGCUAUGCACUAUAAUUUACUCAGUUGUCUUCACACAGAUGGCUUCCCUCUUUGUUGAGCAAGGAGAUGUCAUGAGCUCUAAUAUUGGAAAGUUUCACCUCCCAGCUGCUAGCAUGUCUGCCUUUGAUAUCUGCAGUGUCCUUGUUUGCACUGGAAUUUAUCGUCACAUCUUGGUGCCCUUAGCAGGAAAGUUAAGUGGCAAUCCUAAGGGCUUAACAGAGCUUCAAAGAAUGGGAAUUGGACUCAUUAUUGGAAUUUUUGCAAUGGUUGCAGCUGGUAUCACUGAAAUUCAGAGGCUCAAACAUGUCACUCCAGGGCAAAAGACAAGCUCUUUAAGCAUAUUUUGGCAAAUCCCACAAUAUGUAUUUGUGGGUGCUUCAGAGGUUUUCAUGUAUGUAGGUCAGCUAGAAUUCUUUAAUGGGCAAGCACCAGAUGGUAUAAAAAGCUUUGGAAGCUCACUUUGCAUGGCUUCAAUCUCUCUUGGAAACUAUGUGAGUAGCUUGCUGGUUAAUAUGGUAAUGAGUAUUACAGCUAGAGGUCAGAAUCCUGGGUGGAUCCCAAAUGACUUGAACAUGGGCCAUAUGGACAGAUUCUACUUCCUGAUUGCAGCUCUUACAGCUAUUGAUUUUGUCUUCUACUUGUUCUGUGCAAAUUGGUACACGCCCAUCAACCUCCAAGGAGCUGAGAAGGAAACUGAAAUGGAGAAUCAAGAAGAUCAUGAUGUGCUGGGAAGAGUUUGAUACAGAAAUGGAAGGGACUAAUUAAUUAGAUCAACUCUUUGUUUCUCUUUGCGCAAGUAUUAUCAUUUUGUUUUGAUAAAUAAUUUUGAAAACUGCUAGGCCUUUUUUCUGUGAUUUGAAAUAUUAAGUUGUUUUAGCAUGAUGAUCUCCAUUUCUGCAAGGAUACCUCUGUUUCUUAGGGAUGAUUGUUUUCUUCUUAGGGUAGUGGGAUUUGGUUUCUUGUCAAGUUUGGUUAUGUUUGCUUUUUAAUCUUUUUUAAAUAGUGGAUGUUAACAGUUGUAUGAUAAAUCUAGGCUUUAAUAACAUUUGGUAUGUUUCAACAAUA